AUGCGCACUGGGCCAACUCGCCGGCGCAGGCGGCGGCGGAGCGCGGGGCGCCAGCGGCGGGUCCAGCGGCCGCCGCACCAUGCCCGAGCCCGCCUCCGGGCAGCCGCCGCGCGCCGCCGGGGCCCCGGCCGGGGAGGAUGCCAGACGCCCGGGAGAGGCCAGGGCAGCGGCGGCGGCGGCGGCGCGAUGGUGGUGACCAGCUCUGCCCGAGGCGGCGGCGGGGACCGCGCGCCCUCCCGGCAGCGGGACUGCGGACUCGCGCCGGCCGGGGCUGCGGCGCUGCUGGCCGGGGCGAGCUGCCUGUGCUACGGCCGCUCCCUGCAGGGCGAGUUCGUGCACGACGACGUGUGGGCGAUCGUGAACAACCCCGACGUGCGGCCCGGCGCCCCGCUGCGCUGGGGCAUCUUCACCAACGACUUCUGGGGCAAGGGCAUGGCCGAGAACACCGGCCACAAGUCCUACCGGCCGCUCUGCGUCCUCACCAUCGAAUGCGCCCGGGCCCGGAGAAGUUGCGGCACUGGAUUGAGGACGUGUGCUGUUGCGUUUGCAUUGGAGUCUGCGAAUCGCAUCCUUUGGUACUUCAGAGCCGCGGAGUGAUGAUGGUUUGCUGAUUAUUCCUGGUACUGGAGGAAAUGCAGAAGAAGAGCAAAGGAUUAGGGGCCAGAGGGACUCUCCUUAGAGGUGUGAACGAAGACAUGAGUGGAGCUAUAUUAACAUACAGCCAAAGCAACCAUUUCAGAGGAAUUGCCUUGCACGUCGUGUUUUCUCUAUCUUCCAAAUUGGACCAAACCACCAACACUCCAAGAAGUCAGUAAGGACAGAAUAACCUGUUUGUAAGGAUUUAAAAAACUGGACUUUGCUGAUGACCAAAUAGCUAACCAAUCAAUGCAGUACAAACCUAGCCUUACCUCAUCUAGAACCAAAGAACUCUUCUUCCCCGGUACAUAGUUGUGUAUUCUUCGUUGUGGGUUCCUUUAGUUGUGGCAUGUGGGACGCUGCCUCAGCGU